ACGGGUGGCAUCCCUAAGUCUAAAUUUUGCUGUUACAUUGCACAACCGUCAAUGUUAUGUCAUAAUUAUGUACAAUUCUGGCAAAUUAAUUAGUCUUUGUUCGGAAGAAAUGGUCUUCACACAGUUCACAACGAGCCAACCGGCCCAAACUGCUGCAUAUACCCUGACUCUGCUUGCACAGAACACAAGAGAAGUGACACAAUUUCCCUAGUUAAAAUAAAUUCAUGUUAGUAGGCAAUAUUAUCUAAAUAUGCAGGUUAAAAAUAUAUACUUGUGUAUUGAUUUAAAAAAGGGCAUUGAUGUUUAUGGUUAGGUACACAUUGGGGCAACGACAGUGCUUUUUUUUGCGAAUGCGCUUGUUAAAUCAUCACCCGUUUGGCGAAGUAGGCUGUGAUUCGAAGAUGAAUUACCAGGCACCUCAUUGAUUGUAUGCAACGCAGGACAAGCUAGAUAACUACACAUGGUUGAUGAUAUUACUAGUUUAACUAGUGAUUAUGUUAAGAUUGAUGUUUUUUGUAAGAUAAGUUUAAUGCUAGCUAGAAACUUACCUUGGCUCCUUGCUGCACUCACCUAACAGGUAGUCAGCCUGCCAUGCAGUCUCUUUGUGGAGUGCAAUGUAAUCAGCCAUAAUCGGUGUACCAAUUAGAAUUCUGCACCCACACUCUGUAGAGCCUCUGUAUUUUGUGCCAAUGUGUGAGUCCACAGUGUUUAAAUUGAUACCUCACUAUUUGAAUAUAAUUAACAUGUACCAUAUUCAAAGAGUAUAGGCGACACUAAAUGGUUGUCAAGUAGCCAAUUAUCUCUGAUACUGAGGUACCAAGGUUGUAACAAUGAGCAGACAUUGUUAUUAAUUUGAAUAAGACUUUUACUUUCAAGAUAAAAUUGUAGGCCUACGUUCUAGAUAGGAGAGAAAGUCAUUUCACUCUGCCUGCCUCUUUACUUUUCUCAUUGUACCUGGGCUGAGAAGGUAGCUUUGCCUCGAAGAUGAGCUUAUCAGGGAGGGUACUAAAACAUUCAGUUAACCUAUUCUUACUCUGUAUUCAGACGGUUCAUCAUGUUUGUCCUGCAGUCUAUGGGAUCAUUAGGAUGCCACCUCACCUUGCAUUUUUCAGUUGAAAACUGACUUAAGUAUGUGAUUUCCAAAACAUUCUGACAGCCUCUAUAUCCCCUCAGACUUCCUGGUGAAUCACUAAAUUAACCAAAACAAUAUUAAGGCCGAGCCAGUCAGACUCAAGCUGCAAUCCAGGAGGAAUGAGCUGAGCUGCCACCCACCAACAAGAUAAUUUGUUCCCACUGUUUGGAAAGCACUGUGUACACCCAAUCCAGCUUCUGCCCUGGCACGUACAGUACAUUCAACAAUGAGGUUCAGGCCUGGAGCAGCCUUAGACAUUUCUCAAGACUUGGCCUGGCCUACGCAAACAUCUCAGCAUUUCUAAAUAGUACACAUUCAAAGGUUCAGUAUUGCUGUUAAGACUUGAGCUCACAUGUUCAGACACUAUGAGGUGGUUGGGUGUUUGGUAUAGUGACACAAGGCCACGCUGAAAUUUGACUUCUGCUCCCAACCUCUCUGAAAGACAUGCAGGUUGCAAGCAGGGUGCUGCCACACUGGACAGCUAUGGAGCAGUUGUUGUGGGGGGGUUAAGUGACUUGCUCAAGGGAAGGGCACAACGGCAGGCUAAGAUUUGAAAUAUAUUGAGACAAAUUAGCCUGUAGCAAAAUCUAACUCAUUUGAUUGAACAUGAAAUGUAUUUCAAUAUAAUUGAAAUUUGCCUUUUUUCCUACUGUUUAUAUUUUAAUGCAGUCAUCUAGGUUUUCAUUUGAGCAUGUUUUUAUGUCACUUGUUUGUAUCAAUUGUGUAGACAUUGGCCACUUUGUAUUUGUAGUUAACUUUGUUCUUAAGUUAUUAGUGAUCACAGAUGGAUUAACCAUGCAAGACUGUUUCGUGGAGAGCUUCUGUGUAUAAAGUGACACGGGAGGGCAAAAAAGCAUCUAACAAAGCACUUCGCUGUUCUAUGAGUGGUCUGAGGCAGGCGUUUUCAAGUGCAACGUUAACGAUGGUUUUGGCCAUAAAAUGCUUUUGGGGCGUGUCAUUUAAAGCAUAACAAAAAAUGUAUAUAAAUAAGAUAUUUGGCUACAGAAGCUAUUUCUUACCGAUCUCUACAUCUUCUGUCCUAAAACAAAUCCUGUGAAAUGACGUCAACACAUACGGGGAGAGAUUCUGGCUAGCUACAGUGGCUAGCUUAGCUAAAUAACUAGCUAUAUUGGCCGCGGCGUGCUUAACCGGAAUGACACAUCUAUAAGAAAGAGGCAUAGUUGGACCGUUGCCCCAAGUCUACCUUUUUUAAUUUGUUUAUCCUAUACUUGUUUAUCCUAUACUUUACCAUACUUUUUAAUGUACCCCAAGUAAAUUCAGUGAAUGAAAUGUAGACCUACCCUUUAAUCUAGAAGAAUAUUGCUUUAAAAUACCUUACAACUGUCUUACCUCAACUAUAAAAGGAAGGAUCUAAAACCUAGAGCUGGGACGACAUUGCCUUCCUCUUACCAAUGUAGCCUAGGCCUAGUGCUGAAACGUUUUUAUAGGACGUUAGUCUACAUUAUACUGGUAGAUUCAUCAAUUAGCCUACAUAGCAACAACAUAUUUCGAGUUGGCAAUUAAAGUGUUUUUCAGGUUCCCACUUCCUCAGGUGGUGAAUACUAUAGCUUAUACUCCAAUAUGCACAAAGAUGUCGAGAAAUUCUCUGAAGAAUCAAAAAGAAAUCGGAUCAUUCUGGAUCCUAUUUUGACAGGUUGCACAUCAAAAUAUCAAUCAUGCAUUUCCUGGAUGUUAGAUGAAAUAGCUUGCUUUUUUAAUCGUAGGCUACCAUCUCAGUUGACUGACUUGGCACUGGAAAAAAUGUCUAGAGCCCUGCCGCAAAUGUAACAAAUGUUUUAAUAGACAGUUAAUUUAUCAGGCAAAAUAGUUAUAUUUAUCUCUGACUUUUUGUCUAUAUCAGCCAGCUCUAGCAGGUCCCCAAACAUGAUUUAUCGAUUUUAUUAGUGCAAACCAAAUUCAAUUUAUUGCAAUAUGUUUUUUUGUCAUAAUACCCUGCUCUACUAGAACCCGAUAAAAGGAUUUCUCUCGCUCACACACACAGUUGUCUUUGACCAUGGUAUCUGCCAAUUUGUCUGAAGGUCACUGGGAGUUGCAUGCUGAACAGCCAAUAACAGCCAAUGUUACUAACUGCCAGGGGGAGAGGCAGAGGUUAUGUCACCACUUGGAAAAGGGUAUUAUUUCAAUCCGACAUCGGGGCACAUACAUGCACCAAAUCACCCUGCUCAGUUCUGUGUGUUUUCUGUGUGCAUGCGUACAUUGUGUCUGUUUUCCCCUGACUGGGUGAAGAGUCAUGUCCCCAGAGUACAGCUCAGUGGGACUGCUGGCAUGUGGCUAAAGAAUCCCUGCCCUUUAAAACCGAGUGAGGGAUAGGAGAAAGGAGAAGUGAGGGAGGACCAAUCACAAAACCCUAUCUCUCUCUUUUUACUUCUCACUCUUCUCUUUCCUCCUUAUCUUGUUGUUGCUCUUGUUGAAGAGAGGAGACAGACAAGGACAGAACCAUGAACCAGGACACGGUGAUGGACACUAAGGCGGUGUUUACUGCUCUGUACAGUGUGUGUGAGGAGAAUGCUACGUUCUUCUCUGAGGGUGCUAAGGGGUCCCAGGGGGGCGCGGCACAGCGACUGGUGGACACCAUGACCCUGAUCCAGGAGCACGCCCGCAGCCUGGAACCUGUCAUCUCCGGCUUCGCUGCGAUCUACCACCACUUUGACUUUGACCCACACAUACCAGCCAAUGGAUACCGCUCUCUAGUCAAGGUGGUGCGCUGCUGCAUUCUCCACAUCAUCCACAAGGGGCGCUACAUCUCCACCAACCGACGCAGCAUCUUCUUUCGGACGGCCCACAACGCAGGGGAGAUGGAGGCCUACUGCUCGGCCCUAUGUCAGCUGAGAGCCCUGCUCUACCUGGCCCAGCGACUGCUGCACGACAACAGCCACGGGAACCUCUUCUUCCACGAGGAGAGCGGCCUCAGCCAGAGCUUCAUCCGGGAGUACUCCUCCAUGCACAAGGGCUGCUUCUACGGACGCUGCCUCGGAUUCCAGUUCACUCCAGCCAUCCGUCCCUGUCUGCAGACCAUAGCCAUCGGCCUGGUGGCUUUCGGAGAGAACUACAGGCGCCACCAGUCAGGCAUUGGUGUAGCAGCCAGCUCCUUCUUUACCUCAGGGAAGUACGCCAUCGACCCGGAGUUAAGGGGGGCGGAGUUUGAACGCAUCACUCAGAACCUGGACGUCCACUUCUGGAAGGCCUUCUGGAACAUCACAGAGACUGAGGUUCUAUCUAGUCUAGCCAGUAUGACGUCCACCCAGGUGAAGGUGAACCGUGCCCUCUCAGUGCCCCCUGUGCCCUUUGACCUCCCGCUGGUGGCUGAUCCCCACCUCACUGUCACCAUAGAGGCCCCUUCGGCCCACACCGGCCCUGGCCCCGUACAGAUGAGGCUGAUCUCCUUCGAGCUGAGGGAGGGACAGGACAGUGAGGCGUUGCUGUCCCUGUCCCGUUCUGAGGGGGGUCCGAUCUCCCUGUCUCUGGGAAUGAAGACCAAGCAGAGCCCCCCUUCUCGCUGGCUCCUGGUGCACUACCACGGAGGAGGCUUUGUGGCUCAGACCUCCAAGUCUCACGAGCCGUACCUGAAGAGCUGGUCUCAGGACCUGGGUGUGCCCAUCCUGUCUGUGGACUACUCUCUGGCCCCUGAAGCCCCCUUCCCCAGGGCCCUGGAGGACUGCUUCUACGCCUACUGCUGGGCCAUCAAGAACCACCAGUUGCUGGGUUGGACGGGGGAGAAUGUCUGUCUGGCCGGUGACAGUGCUGGUGGUAACCUGUGUAUUACAACAUCGAUGCGUGCUGCAUCUCACGGCGUGCGGAUGCCGGAUGGCAUCGUAGCUGCCUACCCUGCCAUCCUGCUCACCGCCUAUGCCUCGCCCUCCCGCCUGCUCACCCUCUUUGACCCCCUACUGCCCCUCAGUGUGCUCUCCAGGUGUCUCAGCGCCUACGCAGGUGAGGAGCCCCAGGCAGAGAAGCAGGUGGAGAAGGUGAGCACUUUGAGCAUGGUGAGAAGAGACACGGCCCUGCUGCUCAGAGACUUCAAACAGGGUGCUUCCAAUUGGAUCCACUCCCUACUGGACCCCAACAGAGCCGCUGCCACGGCAUCAACAGACACGUCUUCGUCAGUGAGGAAGAGUGUGUCUGAGGCAUCCAUCAGCUCACCCCACUCGGACCCCCCCGUGCCCCCUGAGCAUCCCUUUGACUUCUCCCUGAGGAGAGAGUCUCUGAAGAGCCACACCUGCCAGGACCUGGCAGGCCACGCCAACUCCACUCCCGCUGCUGCCCCCACCACUCCUGCCCACAAUGCAAUGGUGUUCCCCGAACCCACGCCUGACAACGUGAGCUUCUUCCUCUCCAAAGAGGAGGCGGUGUCCAUGUCAGAUGCUCUGUCCUCUGUAGCCAUAGCGCCCCCUGAGGGGGAGGAGGGCGUGGUGCUGGAGCACCCUCGGGAGUUCCCCCUGGGCUUCGAACCGCUGCGCUCUGAGCGGCUGGCUGAGAUGAAGCUGGCCACCUCGCCUGUCGUCAGGAACCCCUACAUGUCUCCUCUACUGGCCCCCGACAGCAUGCUGAGAGGACUGCCCCCCAUACACCUAGUGGCCUGUGCGUUAGACCCCAUGCUGGAUGACUCUGUGAUGUUUGCCAAGCGCCUGAGGAACGUAGAUCAGCCAGUCACCCUGUGUGUGGUGGACGACCUCCCCCACGGCUUUCUCAGCCUAUCACAGCUCUCCAGGGAGACUAGGGAAGCGGCUAACGUCUGCGUCAACCGAAUCAGGGACGUCUUUGACCAGAAGGACUCGCCCCAGGAGCCACGGAUGCACCGCAAGCUGGAAAGGACCAAUCAAUGUACUCCCUCUGUCGCCACAGGUGACCCAGAGAAGCUUUUUGCAGCACCCAUUCAAGAGGAGGAGCUGCUGGUGGCCAGGGGAGGGGCUCUAGUUCAAGAUGGGGAGGGGCUAGUUGGUGUGGCAGCACAGAACAACAUAGACAUUGUGGGAUAAAGGCAUAAUCAGGGGUUUGCUAGAUGAGUACCGUUCGUUAAAGGAUUUAAAAGAGAUGGAGAAAAGGGGGGGAUUUGGGCCAUAUGAAGCCUGGGAGAAGAGAAUAGAGUGAAGGAAAAACAGCAGCAGGAGGAGGAUAUGGAGAAGGAGUUGGUAGCGUGCCCAGUUUUGGAGAGACAGAAUAAAGCACCCAUGGAUAGAGAGGACAGCAAGUACUAAUUGCAACCUCUUCAGCUUUCAAACUCUCAAUUGCUGUUUAGCACCAUGCACAGUGACAUGUUGACCACACACACACUAAACCAUUUUGCCUUUUGGGCUGCUGCAUUGUGCUCGGUGUAGAACUGUGAGUUUGGAGCCUGGACAUUAUAAAACAGCACAGAGCGUUGUGGUGCAUGGUCGAUCCAUCUCCCUAUAGAAGAUUAUUCCAGUCCCUAAUCAGAUGAGCUCCUACAUAGUGCCAUCACAACUUAAUGGCCACUUGUCUUUUAGGGAGCCACUCUAAAUCAAGCUUAAUAACUGUAGAACUCUGAGGUCUGUUAAACUAGUUGGUUGUGAAUACUGCUGCUGUUCGGUCACUUACUCUGCUGAUUGGCCCAUCAAUAGGGUGCUGCAGCAUUGGAAACAACAAACUUAGAAACUGGAAGGAUUUGGUAGUACCUUGAAAUUGUUAACCAUAAUAGAUCUUAUUAUGCCAUAGUAUUCCUUGUUAUUUGUAUUUAUUGUGUGUUGGUAUAUAUAUAUAUAUAUAUAUAUAUAUAUAUAUAUAUAUAUAUAUAUAUAUAUAUAUAUAUAUAUAUAUAUACUCGUAUUGUAUUUUUAUUUUAAUCCUGGAUCAUAGUUAUACCUGUUUGUUCAAGGCUUUUAAGAGCAUAUUGUGAGGUGGAUGCUAAGUUAUGUUCCUAGCUGUGUAGUGCCAUACUCUGUGGCUGCUCAUUCCUAGUUGUUCAAAGUAGCCAAAUGUUAACCUCUAUCACUGUAGUGACUAGUGGUCAGCUAGUCGUUACCCACCCAACCAGUCACCUCAGUGAGAUGUGGCUGAGGGUUGAUAUUAUUAUAUUCUGGUCUUUAUAUUAUACUGAUAUAUUAUAACUAUCCAAUCAUAAAUAGCUAAUGCAAUAUUAUAGCUGCAUUUUCACCAGUAAAAUCAACAGGAUUCAGUGGAGCCAUAAUUAUAUUGUGCUUGGAUUUAAGUCACUGUUGGGGGGUAAAGCAUCAAGUCACACAGUAAUUGUUGUUUUGAUCAUUUUUAUUGACACACAGUAAUUAAGUCUUAUGAUUUUAAGUUUCUUGUGCUCAGCCUUUGUUUGUUGCCAUCUAAAAGCAAUCACUUAGCUGUCUAUAAACUGACUGCCUUUAGAAGCACAUGUUUUUUGAAAGACUGGAAAUCCUUUCUCUAUUUGCACAGUGAAUAUUUCAAUAAGAAAGCCUGAAGCAGACGGAUGCACUGCCCAUCUCUUCAUACUAUCUGUACAUCACUGCACUGACUGCCAAAAACUCAGCCCUCUAUCCCAGGAUGCAGUGCAUUACACUGCCACAGCCCUUGAGCCAGGGGACGUCCUGCUAGCUGACCCAUUUCUGCACCUCCGUCCAAAUCAGAGAAUCCAUUCUGCUCCAACAGCCUGUACCGAGCGAGCAGGAGAAUCUAGAACAAGCCUGAUAGUGAGUUCAUACUCACUGAACAGGUGACUUCUUUAGUUAGUAGUUAGAGAAUAUAUUUCUGUGUACUGUUAGGACAUUCUACAGUGGCUGACUGACAAUCUGUGUUCUACACUAUCUUUACCCUGUGCUCAGGGGCUGAUGCUACAACUAUGUUUUGACUGAAUCUGAUAUGAUACUUGAUAUGGCCUCUGUCUAGCUUGUUGAGAAUGAAUGAUUCACAUUGGAGUGAAAGCCUUUAUCUAAAUAUAAAUGACGACAACCUCACUUCUGGUGCUGUCCUUGUCUGGUGGUCACAGGCCUGGGUUGCCAGAUCUGUUGAGAAUUAUGCUGGUUGAUAGGGAUGGCUUUUGGCUGGAUUUAACCCCCUCCCUCACCCCCCAGAAGAGCAGGGUUUAUCCAGCACACGGUCAUGAUCUAGUAUUAUGAUUCACUGUCCUGUUUGCUGCCAUUGCUUAUUGCAGCGUUUUGAGGCAGGCUGAUAGAGAUGAAGAGAGCUGUUAAGUGAUUCCUUGAAGACCUUCAAGGUUAUCUUGUUUUUAGAAGUCUUGUGUUUAAUGGUUGAUGGUUUUAGACUUUCUUCCACUUUCUUUGUAAGUUCAGUGUAACUGUGUGUCUGUGUUUAGUGUCCUGUGAGGUGUCUGGUAAGUGGAUUCUGUAUGCGUCUAUCAAUGACUCUAACAUUGCACGUGUUUGUCAGUGCUUGUGUGGGUGGAACAUCUACCGUCUUUGAAACCAUGAUUAUGUGUUUUUAAUUGCAGCAGUAAAGCAGCACGUGGGUGUAUGGGGCCAUGAGUUGCAACCCAAGCCCCUGAAUCUCAUGGGUGUUGUACAGUAUACUAUUGUUUAGCCAAGCAGGACUUCUGAGAUCCCAUUUAACACUAUGCAUUCUGUCAGCCAUCCAUUGCUUUGAUGCAUUACAAGGUCCUUGAUGAAUACAGUUCUCAUUGUGCUCUAGCAACAUAACUGAUCAUGCAUAUUGAGAUUUAGCCUGGCGUCUCCAUUGCCAGAGUAGAUAUCAUAACCCCACACACACACCCAACGAGCACCACUCCAGGCCCUAUGGCAGGGGUGUCAAAGUCAAAUGGACGGAGGGCCAAAUAAAAAAAUCAGCUACAAGACGAGGGCCGGACUGUUCGAAUGUUCAUUGAAAAAUUUUUAAAUGACGCAUAUAGUCUAGUGAACCUAAUUGAACCUACUGAAAACCUAACAAAUAUAUUACAAUAUGAUCAGAUAAAUAAAGCAAUAUUUUCUUA